AUGAAAGAGUACACGGAAGAAAGAAUCAGCGAACUUUCCAGGGCAAUCGAGCCCCUGCGAAGUUUUUCCCUGAGACACCACAAAAGGCCUCUUAAAACAGUGAAAUUCAACCCGGACGGCGAUUUGCUCUUCUCCUCCUGCGCGGAGGGGGCUCUUGUCGCGUGGAGGGUCUCAAACGGCGAGAAGCUGAGCCUGUACGAGGGCCACACGGGAGCAAUAAUGGGCUUCGACAUAAACAAGGAAGGGACUCUCCUCGUCUCCGCAGGGGCUGACAGCGUCUCAAACGUGUACGACAUUGAAACUGCAAAAAGAAUCCACUCUUUCGACACUGUCGUCAAGACCCGAGACGUCGCAUUCACUGCAGACAGUCGGAGAGUCGUCCUGUGCACGGACUCUGUCAUAGGGGAGAAGCCCAAAAUGUGGGUCUUCGACGCUGUCAGCGGGGAGAUGAUCCGGCAGGUGGUCACUCCAACGAUGCCGCUUGCGAUCAGAACGACCCUCGACAACAGGAUAGUAUACGGGGACACGGAGGGAAAUGUUGCCCUGAUAGACGAAAGGACUUUCCAGGAGGUUUCCUCAAAGAAAGUUCACCAGGCAAAAAUCACCUCCCUCGCGCCCUCCUUCUGCAACACGUACUUUGUCACUGCAUCGAGCGACUUCAAGAGCAAGAUCAUCCGGACGGACAGGAACGAAGUCUCUUUCGUGCGGGAGUUCCUCUCAGACUCCCCGAACAACACGGCCAGAGUCUUCCCAGACAACAGAAUCCUCGUCUCUGCAGGAGGAGUAGACGCCAGAUACGUCACAACGUCGACAGGACAGGGAAACUUCAACAUAGAAUUCUUCGACUGCGCGACCUCCAAGCUGAUAGGGUACUACAAAACACACUUUGGAACAGUAAACACCCUCGACGUGCACCCCACAGGGCAGGCAAUGGCCUCCGGGGGAGAGGACGGAGUCCUGCACUUGGUGAAGAUGGACGACCCAGCCUUUAUAAACGCGCCUUUCGUGCCUGUUGAGGGGGGAGAGGUUUAG